GUAUUGAUUUUAGUUAAAAAUUCACGACCGACAAUGAAUUACGCAUUUAAAUUUACAUAUCAUGGGUUGCAGACGAAAAAAUAACUCGUACAUUUAUCACGACCGGGCAGAUGGGACCAGUUAUUGCUCAAAAUGUUCAAGUUGUUCUUGCAACUGUGUAAACGAUCUGUCUUCUGUGAGAAAUAUCCAAAGAAAUAUUCAUCGACAACUUUCUUCCACUUCGUCAAUACUCCAAUAUAACAAAAAAUACCCACCAUCUGUUUCAAUGUCGCCAGACAAGGAGGUUUCAAGUACUACAAGUGAUUCUCCCAAGUAUUGUUCACCACAGCCACCAAUAAGAACUUGCUCGUCAUCUCCAUUAGACUUGCGACUAACUCCACGAGAUUCUCCUUCUUCUCCAUUAGACUUACGCACGUCGGUGAAAUGGAGAUUUCCUCUAACUUCAAACAGCUCACGAGAAUCUCCAUCAACAACAUGUUUGGGAGAUUCUCAGCUGACUAUAAACCAACAGUCGUCUCACGAUUCUCCACCAUAUGAGUCACAAGAAAGUAUUGCGUCAUCCCCGCAGAAAUAUCCACCUGAUGGUGCCAAGCCUUCCACUCCGUCAAACUAUACAGGGUCUUCUACAUAUCGCUCAAGUUUAAAACAGUAUUCUUUUUCGUCCACAGAACGAUCUUCCAACUGUAGCCCCGACAUAGACUCGUCUCCCUCAAUCUACUAUUCAACGUCGUCCAGUAACAACUCGCUCUCCUCCCGGACUUGUUCUCUAUCUUCUCUAAGUAGACGCACCACACCCCAAAAUUCACCCCCCAGAGGAAGAUACAUUCCACUAUCUCCCGUGUACGCCUCACCCUAUCGUCGGACAAACUUUCGUCGAGAAUAUUCACCUCUUUCUUCAAAAUAUUCGUCACCUUCUUCCCCACAGUGCACACCUACAGCAUCCCCCAAAUGCUGUUCAUUGUCGCCGGAAUAUAAAUCAACAAACUUGGAUUAUUCUCCCGAUUCUCCAACCUAUCACCCUAGUCCCCCCAAAUAUAAACCCGCAGCGUUUGAUUAUUCACUCGCUUCUCCCCAGUCCCCCACUUACAGUAACUCCUCUCUUGACUACUCCCCCCUUUCUCCAAACUACGUUCACGUUUCAUCCAUGUCUUUAAACGACAACAAAUCACAGUCUCCUACAUUCAUAGACUCACCUUCCUCUCCAACAUAUACGCUCUCCUCACUGUCAUAUUGCCCCUUUUCUCCACAAUAUUCCUCCCCGGAAUAUUCUCCCACGUCACUCAAGUAUUAUCGAAGUUGUGAUUCCCUUAAUAACAAUGUAUUUAAAUCUCCGUCCUCACCUCGAUAUCGGUGUCAGUCGCCAACUUGCCCGUAUUCUCAGACGUACUCACCAGAAUAUUCUCCACCGAUAGUAAAGUACAUAAAUAAAACUAAUACUUUAAAGAAAUAUCGCUCGACGUCACCGACGUAUUAUCCGCUAUCUCCGGAAUAUUCUCCACGUCGCUAUACUCCGAAAUUCAACGGCAGGAGUAUCCCAGAUGAUGAUAUACCGUGUGUAUGUUGUUCGCCGUCUCCUCCAAGGUAUUAAAAUGGUGUAUGUCAAUAUGUUAACACGAAAUCGAUAUUCAUUUAAUGUGAAAUUGAUGUUUCUGAAAUGUAUUUUUGAUGUUAUAUACGUUUGCUGUUAUGCUGUUAAUGUUGAGUUGUUGUUUAUUUCAAAAACUAAAAUU